UUUCUAUAGUUCGGCUGGACAUUGGCUCGUGCCCAAGUGACCUGAAUUAACACACGCGGCAUCACUUCACAAAAUUCCGAUACACUCAUUACAGUAAUUCCAUUGUGCGAUACGCUCAUUAUUAUUAUUAUUCUUACAAUCGUUUCACUUUAAGCCGUUAUUUUCAAAAAAAGCGUAUACAAUGGGGCGUAAGUGCAUUAGCACCAAGCGUGUAUUUUCACAGUGUACUCAAUGUAAAAGACGUGUUAGAGGAAGUAUGUUCACACACUUCGAAUCGAAAUGUGAACUGUUUCGAGUUGCGUGUAAGAAAGCCCGCGUGGACAAGAACACGAAGGAGCAUUUUGUCGAGGGCCUCAGUUUACUGCGCCAACUUACGUAUCCGGGAGCCGUUGUGACAAACCUCCAAGAUACCGUUACCGAUGCUAUUGCCGGAUUGAACAACAUUCCUACGGCAAAAGUGUUGUAUUGUCAUAAGUACAAUAUUGCCCGUGACAACUUCUGGGUUAACGACUGGGAUUUGCCAUCUCUGGCACACAGCUUUGGAUUGUCAACCGACAAGGAAGUAGUCUCGCUGCUUCUGGACUCGCCUGUAUGUGUUAUCCCGCUGAAGACUACUCAACCGCAGACGCAUAAAGAAUACGGACACCUAUCCGUAUUGAUCGUCAUCAAUCGCGGGGAUGCUACGUACUUCUGCCACUUCUGCAGUAACGGCACACGCCUGUCGAUUAAUCCCGAUUGGACCAACGUGUGCUAUACGGCCAUUCUCAACCUUAUUGAGCGAGUGCGCCGAUACACGACCAGCGUUGUGGACCUGCAAUUGUACGAGAAGUGGAGAGCCGGAUGGGCCCUCGAUCGAGCCAUUCUAUGCUCCCUCCACAGCCUGAAUCUGCAAAUGGGGCACAACAUGCUGAAAGGAUCGUGUUCUGUCUUUACACGAUGGUACAUUCAUGAAUUCCAUAAAAUG